AUGUUGUCAGAUAGCGACGAUGACGAUGAUUGGCCUGGUUAUACUUCAAGUCAAAAUUAUUGUGAUAUUGAUUAUCAAAUCGAUUUAUUUGAAAUGCGUCAAUCUAUUAAACGGGAUAAGUAUUGGAAACAAAAACGAAACCAAUCAUUAUAUCCUAUAUCAACGAGAAAACUGCAAUCACAUGCCGUAUUAUUAAAAAUCUGUUGUAAACGAUACAAACAAAAACCUAAAAUUGAACAAAAAUCAUUUGGCUAUCAACAUUUUUCAUCAGUAUCAAAUAAAUUCGAAUGUGAUGAAGAAUUCUUAGUAAAUACAACAAAUACUGAAUCUAAAAAACGAUCAAAGUCAUCCAAAAAAUUAACCAACAAAGAUCUGACAACAUUUUCUAAUUUUCGUGCUCAAUUCUAUCAAAAACAUCAUCAAAAUAUCAAAUCAUCUCUCAAUAAUCGUUCCGAUAUCAAAAUUGUUAAUAUUAGAUUAGCACCAAUUAAUGAAUCUAUUCAAAUCGAGUUUAUGAAAAGAUUAAAUCAAAAUAACGAUUCUUCAGUACAAUUAGUUUACCAUGGAACACACUUUAAAAACAUAGAAAGUAUACUUCGUUUUGGCUUUUUAAUACCAAAUCAAGUACAUCCAACAAUUAAAAAUGCGCCAAUUAUUCGAUCAGUAACUGGUCAAGCAUUUAGUCUAGGAAUUUAUUGUAGUCGAACUGCACAUUAUUCUCUAUCGUAUACUCGAGCUACAAAUACGAUUUUAGCUUGUGCUGCAAUAUCAAACUAUGAUCAAGUGAAAAAAAUUCAAUAUUUUACUAGAUAUAUUUUAGUUGUGCCUCAUGAAUUGCAAAUUAUACCAUUGUUUUUAAUUGAUUUCUCUUUGUUGAAUGGACUAGAUUGUGAUUGUUCUUUGUAUCCUUUAUAUACACAACUACAAACAGAUAAAAUCCAAAAAGAGAAACAACCGAUGAUUAUCGCAAAACAAAUUUUACGAAAAGUAUUGAAUUGUAUGAAUAAUCGUGUUCGAAAGAAUCAACGAUAUCAAAUACGACUAUCUGAUUAA